GACCUCGAGAGUGCGUCGCGACGUCCACCACGUUUCUGGCUUGAGUUAGUGUUGACGUUGUGCGCGCCGGCUAAGCCCACGACGUGUUGCGCCGCGUGUCCAAAAGUGUGUAAGGCUGUUGCUGCCGUCGCCUGCACCGAAACUAUUCAGUCCCCGCUUGUUAUAUCAUUGCUUUAGGCGUUAUGGAACUAACGUGAUAAAAAAAUUAAAAGAAAAAAUUUAAAAUCCAAAAAUAACAAAACACAACCAAUCGGGCGUGACAGUAUAUUAAUAUAUGCACAUGCGUAUUAUAUCAAUUCAUAUCGAAAGUGUGGAGUAUAACAUGCCUUAUACCUGAACAACAAAAGAAAAAAAAGAAACCCGCGAAACAGAAAACAAAAAUCUGCCUUAACGGAGAGCCGAAAAAAAAAAACGUUUGUCAAUUGUCCAUAUUGUGCACGAAAAACAUUUAAAAAAAAAACAAACAAACAAACAACAACAAAAAUAAAACCAACAAAAAAUCUGAAGCAAAAAACUAAAAAUUUUUAACUUAAAGAAAGGGAAGAUAGAAACGAGAAAGGAAUUGUAAUAGAGUAAAGUAAUCAAGAAAAGAAAGAGACCAGAGAACAGAAAGGAGAGCAAGAAACGGUGAUCGUGUGCAGGCUAAAGUUUUACCAGAUUGCCAUUAUCAUCUACAAAAAUAAGAAAAAAAAGAGAAAAAAAAGCCAAAAGAAAAAAGAAAAGAAAAUAACACGGUUGUCUAUCGCAUUCACGGAUAUGAAAGGGUGACGGCUUACCGCGCCAACAUAAAUUAAGUGGACCAAUUUUUAUACGAAAAACUAUCAAAAGAAACAUAAGUAAAUGUGAUUUUUUUAUUUAUUAUUUAAAAUUUUCACUGUUCAAUAAGAGGAAUUAAAGCCCGACGAUACAUUGAAAUUUGGGAUCAUUUCCGCGGAGCAGACUUCCCGGGAUAAAUCAGUGGAGAUGAUAACGUGACGUGAGAAAAACUCGCCGGACGAGGCUUCGUUAGGAAUGAGUUCGAACGGGAAUACCGGGUCGCAGGAUGGUGGCGGGGGUGGCGAUUACGGGAGCAGCGACGAGACGGCCGCCCUGCUAACCAGGGGGCCACCCCCUCCGGUCGUCGUAGCCACGGCACCCCCAGGAAAGCCGGUGCUGACGCGACAAGACCGCGCCACGUUUCUCGUAGCGUCACCUCAGCUGUCGGUCUCAGGCUUAGGGGGUUCCGAAGAAAGCGGUACCACCGAGGAUCCAGCGACCAGGUCAGUGCCGGACAUCGAACUCCACUGUCGACUCGAUGGAGAACCGCAGCCCGCGGCGAUGCCUGUCGGCGUAUCCUGCAGGACCAGACCCUGCGGCAACCAUCAGGGCGCGUACAACAGGUGCCGGUGCGACAGGAGAGAGUCCUUGGCGCCGUCUUCGGCGAUGCACUUGGCGCGCAGCGUCUCCAGGGAAAGCGUCAGGAGCGGGCACCACUGCUGUCCCUGUCAAUCAGCCCCACCACCACCGGUCUUGGUGACGACAUCGCCGAGUGCCCGCAUAAUCCGGCAAAGCUCGCAACCGGAAGCAUCGGGUUGCUGUUGUACCGGAUGUUGCUGCCCCCUGCACGGAGGUGCAGCACCUAGCGCAGCCUCCCUGAGACAACUCCGUGAACCCGGCGAUGGUAUCGCCGGUAUCGCCGCGGAUUCUCUGCGGAUCAAUGGCGGCAUCAGGCAAUUCCGCCAGUUUCCCUGGUGGUGCAAAUCGUCCUCGACAACGACGACGACGACAACGGCGACGACGCCUCCACCUCCGACUGCAGGUUGUCCUUCUGGCUCUGGCGUCCAGGGCGUCUUGCUUUGUCCGCGCACCCUGUCGCAGGCGCGACGAACCCGACUUCGAAGGGCGCUGACUGAGGCCACCGCGGAGACGGUCACCUACGUCAAGACGCUGCGGAAGCCAGUUUCGACUCUGUCGAUUCCCAGCGCGAUGAAGACCAGCGGUGGGGUCUCGGGCGGCCCUGGAGGCGUCGGCGGCGGCGGUGCCGGUGCCGGACCCGGCGGGGGCGCCGGCGAAGACGCCGGCAUAGCCCUUGUCGGCGUCCAUUCAGAGUACCCUAGAUACAUGGAGGAGCGUGGCCUCGGUGGCGGCUCGAUGAAGGGUCCCUCCGGCGGCAGCAUAGGGCCCGCCUCCAAGCACAAGCCCAACGUUGGCUACCGCCUUGGCCGCCGGAAGGCCCUCUUCGAGAAGCGAAAGCGCAUCAGCGACUACGCUCUCGUCAUGGGAAUGUUCGGCAUCAUCGUCAUGGUCAUCGAAAACGAGCUCUCCAGCGCGGGGGUCUACACCAAGGCCUCGUUCUAUUCCACCGCCCUGAAAACCCUGAUCUCUAUGUCUACUGUGAUACUGCUUGGCCUCAUAUCUGCUUACCAUGCCUUAGAAGUUCAGUUAUUCAUGAUCGACAACUGCGCGGACGACUGGCGAAUCGCGAUGACCUGGCAACGAAUCUCCCAGAUAUCCAUCGAGCUGAUCAUCUGCGCGAUACACCCCAUUCCUGGCGAGUACUACUUCCUGUGGACGACCAAGCUGGCGAACAAGGGCGGCGACAUAGGCUCGAAAUGGGUCCCCUACGACGUCACCCUGUCGCUACCGAUGUUCCUAAGGCUCUACCUAAUCUGCCGGGUGAUGCUCCUGCACUCGAAACUCUUCACCGACGCUUCGUCGAGGAGCAUAGGUGCCCUAAAUCGGAUCAAUUUCAACACCAGGUUUGUUCUCAAGACCCUGAUGACCAUCUGCCCGGGGACCGUGUUGCUGGUCUUCAUGGUGUCCCUAUGGAUAAUCGCUUCGUGGACGCUGCGGCAGUGCGAAAGGUUUCACGACGAGGAGCACGCAAACCUCCUGAACGCGAUGUGGCUCAUCGCCAUCACCUUCCUGAGCGUUGGGUUCGGUGACAUCGUGCCGAACACUUACUGCGGCCGAGGAAUCGCAGUUUCGACGGGAAUGAUGGGGGCUGGAUGCACCGCUCUUCUCGUGGCGGUUGUUUCCAGGAAGCUAGAAUUGACCAGAGCCGAGAAACACGUUCACAACUUUAUGAUGGAUACCCAGCUCACGAAGAGGUUGAAGAACGCAGCUGCCAACGUUCUCAGGGAAACUUGGCUCAUCUACAAACAUACUAGGCUGGUGAAACGAGUCAAUCCCGGUCGCGUCAGAACGCAUCAACGAAAAUUUCUUUUGGCGAUAUACGCGCUCAGGAAAGUAAAAAUGGAUCAACGAAAAUUAAUGGACAACGCCAACACGAUAACGGACAUGGCCAAGACGCAGAAUACCGUCUACGAGAUCGUCUCGGACAUGAGCACGCGGCAGGACGCCUUCGAGGAGCGGCUGGUCAGCCUCGAGGACAAGCUUACCGCCCUCCAGGAGCAGGUCGAAAUGCUGCCGGAGGCGCUCACCCGGAGUCUGGCUCAACACGCGGAGCGGCUCGAGCAGCGACGCAACUUCCUUCACCCGGACACCGCGGCGAUCGUCACUUCCGGCGGCGGUAGCCUCGGCAUCGGCGUCCCAGGAAGCACCGGCAUCGCCGCGCACCAUCCCCUCGGCAACCUCGUCACAUCACCGCUCCUGCCGCACUCUAGGAGCGUCCCGUCGGCGCCGAGCACCGCCUCGCUUCAUCCCUGGCCGGCAAGUCCGGUUCUUCCGCCGAUAUCGAGCCGCACCCCCCAUCUCGUACCCGAAACUGGGAGACACCACGGCGCCGUCGCUCACCAGCCGUCGGCGCCCACCACGUCCCAGUCCUCGACCGGACUCGGGGCGACCAGCAACCAGGGCCCGGGGCCUUCCGCACCCAGCUGAGCCUCGUCCCUGCAGCCGCAGCACUCCUACUAACGUAGCGGGCAACCUUCGUCCAAUGCGUUUCGCGUUUCUCUGCCGCCCGAGAUCAGCCGGACAAUUUUCAUAAGGAUCCAAGGAAAGCCUCGACUGAGAUACUCGACGCUUACGGGGACGGUAUAUCGACUUUAAGAUUGACUCUUCGUU